AUGGCCGACGAUGGAGGCGAUGUCGGGGAACAGUUGCUUAGGAAUUCGAAAAGCAGAUUUUUAUCAAGACUUCCAAUAUGGGCUCAAUUCGACAGUUGGAUUGACGAAAUUCCGACGAAACGUCGUGCUGAGUUUGAGGUCGUAAAGUCCGCCAUGCUUGUUCACUGUGAUUAUCCCGCCAUAGUAAUAAAUCGUAUAGGAAGUGAAAGUGGAGUUCAUUCACCUGAAAAUGCUACGCAACAGUUCACGAAUUUUGUAAAUACCGUUCAUCAAACCAAAUUAUUCAAACAUCAAGGUACCGGACUUCCCGCAGCCAAUCUUUUUGCUCUACUAGCUGACAUUUUUUCAUCUAUUCCUGAAUAUGAAUCAGAGACAGGUGUCAUCAGACAAAACCUGAAAAUGCAUUUGAAGCUGAUGCUUGACGAAGAAAAUGAAUGGGAAACGAUGUUUUUCAACACAAAUUUCGUGCGGUCAGUAUACUGGCAAUUACUGUUCACACUUCGUCUAAUACCGUUCGAAGCAGACAAUCAACCAGAGGAAAUGAUAGAGGACGACGAAAAUCGUCCAAAACUCAUGUUCGCUUCGUUCGUUGUAGCCGUUUUGGUUGGUGUUCUUCAUGGUCGUGAAGACAAACUUUCCCCGAAAAUUCCAAUAGAUGCUACCCAAGUUGCUCAACACUUUGUUACACUUAUUUCAUCUCCACACUUCCGGACACUUUCUCAAUUUUUUCUUGUUGGUCUCUGGUGCCUCAUUCAAUAUAAAGUUGGAGGAGGAACUGUCACAGUUGACGACGAAACACGAUUGACAGCCAGCGAAAUGAGGGAACGGAGUCGGAAAUAUCUACUGCGACAUCCUGAUCCAAAGCUCGUCCUAGACUCACGGAGGAAAAUCGGCGAUGAUACCAUGACUGAGGAAAUGCAGUUAGAGUGGGAAUCAAACACAAUUCUCUUACAUGGACAAGGAAAGCUCAAGUCUCCAGAUGGCUUCAGAAUAGUUAAGAAAGGAGGCCGCCCACGUAAAUAUCCGAUCAGUCAGAAUAGAAAAAGAAGACAAGAAGAAGCUCUGGUUAAUGAUGAAAUUGAACAACAACGCAAAAAACAAGAACAACAGCGGUUACAACAACUGCAGCAGCUACAGCGAAUGGAACAAAAGAAGCAGCAACAACAGCAACCGCAAAGGAAGAGCUUGAAUCGUUUUCAAAAAAAAUCGACGCGAGGGUCACCAAGAAAACAGAUAAGAGACGCUCGACAAGGCAAAGUGGAUCAGGGACAAGAUCCCGCACCGUCGACAUCAGCUGCCAUUCCAUCGAAACCUGUGCAUCCCAAGAAAGUGGUUCCAACUGCCGAAGAAGUUGGACUUUGCACUCCACUUUACGUCGUACAGGCUGAUUUUCUGAAACAUUUUGAAGAAGAGUGUGCCAGGCGGCGGGAAGGUUACCACCGAGAAGAAGAAAAAGGAAGAGCUGAAAAGAUUGUUUUUGAGUCGUUGUCAGAGAUACAUCAUGUUGCUCGACAGACAUUCAAAACGAAACCCCGUCCUCUCAACGCAGAUCAAAAGUUAGUGAUGGAGAAAUUUAAAAAAGACUGGCGCCGCGGUAACGUCCCUGAAGAUGCUCAAUUCGAAGAGGAAGAGGAAGAUGUGCAUGGUGAUGAAGAAUAUGAAGACGUUCCAGCACCUGAAGUUGUGACUCAAAAGGUUGCAAAAAGUGGAGGAAAAGCACCGAAGAGGUGGAAGCGGCGUUAUUAG